AUGAGUUCCCGAAACCAAACCUUCAGCACAAUCGGGCGCGAAACCCCCCGCGGCCGCGCCCCCAGCGUCGCCCAAUGGGCCAUGAACAACGCCAGCGGCGGGCGCACCGCCGUCGGCGCACGCAGCCAAGCCGGGCACACCGCCAUCGGCGCGCGCAGUCAAGCUGGACACAGCCAAGCCGGAUACAGCGUAGCCGGACACAGCCAAGCCGGGACUAGCCACGCCGGAUCGCGUGCCCCCUCAACAAUCUAUCCGGGCUCAUCAGUAUCCGGCUCCCACCGGGGCUCCGUGGUCUCCCACCGGGGCUCCGUGGUCUCCCGCCGGGGCUCCGUAGUCUCCCGCCCGCCUACCGUCGCAUCCGGGCCACGAGGACGAUCGGCCUCAGUAGCAGGCGUCCCGAUCGUCGUAACUAACGGGCGCCAGCCCGUCUACGCCUACGACGGGAGCAUGUACUGCUCACCCACGUGCGCGGACGCGGACGGGGCCCUGUUCUCGCCUGACACAGUGCUGGCGGCGCCUUCGCGCGCGGGCUCGUACGCGCCCUCGCAGGUGACCAGUGUCUCGCGCCGGUCGUCUGUGUCCGGCGCUUCGGGGAUGACUGGUACUUCGUACAGAUCGGGGUCGACGAUGACGCCGCGAUCGCGCGCUAUGUCGCGCGCCAUGAUCCCGGGGAGUAACGCUGGCUCUGGGUUCGUUACUGCGAAUGCUCGCCAGGAACACGAUCUCCAUAUCACGGAGGUCCGCAUGCUGCAUAUUCGCGGACAGGGCCCGCUGCCUCGCCGAUUCUAG